AUGAAGGACUCAGCAGCUCCAGAUGUUGCUUAUCCAGCGGAUCCCGCUGACUGCGGCGAUGUCCCACUGGCGCCUGAAGCCACCUGGGCUUCUGAGGAGCCCGGUCGCGGGGAGCUCUUCCGGUGGUUGGAGGAUCGCUUAAAGCACGAACGCCAGUCCCUGGCACAGCAACAUGCUGUGAUCCUGGACGAGUUGCGUUUCAUGGUCAGCGACAGCCGUGGUGACCCUGGUGGCUACGUGCCUUCAAAAGCUGAGGAUCCGGCUCCGGCACCACUGCAGGGCCUGGCAGACCAGGAACCAUCAGCCUCCGUGUCCUUUGCACCUGCUGAAAUUGCAGUGGAGCUGAAGGAAAUCUCGGAAGCUGAAAGUCCGCGAGAGGAGUCGAAAAAGUCAAAGACCAAAUUGAACAAACGUGCAGCCACUUUGAGCCAGUCUCUAACAGUCGAGCGCAGCACAAUGCCUUUCUGGUACCCGGAUCGGAUCAUUAGGACUUACACCUUCGAAAUUUUCUAUGCAAUUCUCAUCUUUUUACAGGCCAUUGCAAUGGCUGUUGAGGCGCAAUAUGCUGGCUUGGCAUGGGGUCACCGCUUGGAAUAUGCAGGUUAUGAUCAACCAGCUGAUGAAGUGUGGCCCAACAUGCCAGACGUCCUACAGGCUGCUGAGGUCUUCUUUGGUAUCCUUUUCUGCUUGGAAGUGGUGUUGAAGAUCAUUGGCCUCCGCAAAACAUACUUCAAUGAUCCUUGGAACUGGUUCGAUUUUUUUCUGGUCGCCAUGUGGUUAGCAGAUAUGGUGAUCGCCUUUCCGGUGAACAGUUCGCAGCUGCGUCUGAUCCGUUUGGCGCGGCUGUUGCGCCUAGUGCGUUUGGUGCGUGUCGUACGGGGCUUUGAUUCACUGAUUGUGAUGACCACGGCCCUGCAAGAGAGUGCAAAUGGGCUGUUUUGGGUGGCUGUGAUCAUGCUGGUGGUGGAACUACUGUUCGCCCUGCUGCUGAACCAAGUAUUGGUCACCAUGGUCAGCCAAACAAAAUACUCCAAGCAGGAGGAAAAGGUGCUCUUUGAGUACUUUGGCACCUUUCCACGGGCAAUGUUGACCAUGUUUCAGGUGACUUUAGGUACUUGGGUUCCUGUGGCAAGAAUACUGCAAGAGGUCGUCGGGCCUGUCAUGAACACCUUCACCAUUCUGCACAAGGUCACUAUUGGCUUUGCAUGCAUCGGAGUCAUAAACGGAGUUUUUAUGCAGGAAACUCUACGCGUGGCGCAGUCAGAUGAUGUGAUCAUGAUGAGAGACGUUGCCAGGAGAGACAGGCUCCAUGCAGACAAGAUGAAGGCCUUCUUCGAUUUGGCGGAUCAGUCGGGAGACACCAUGAUUAGCCGAAAGAAAUGGAAGGACGUCAUGGCAAGUCCCAGUACCAAGCAGUGGUUCGCAGCGCAGGGCUUAUCCAUCCGAGAUCCCGAUGAAGUCUUUACGCUGUUGGAUGCUGACCGUAGCGAAACGAUGACCAUUGAUGAGCUCAUCGUGGGCGUGGCGAAGCUCCACGGCCCCGCGCGGUCCUUGGACCUGGCCAUCCUGGCAGAGAGUCAGCGCAAGCUGCAGCUGAUCACGGAGGAACUGGUGGGACGUUUGGGCAGCGAAGACAUGGCAACCACCAGAAGGAGUGAUGAAAUCUUCCCUCUUUGAGCCGAGAUCGGCGGCGAUUUUCACCCCGAAGAUGACAGUUUUUGGAGCGAUCCAUCCGUUUUUUGGGAUGACCGGC